CGCAUGGCAACAUGGAUCUAGGCAGCCUGUCACAGCUUCAGACCGAAGCCGUCAAUCCCCAGACGGCACAGAUUGAUCAGAUCUCGACCCUGGAGAUGUGCCGAUUGAUCAAUAAAGAGGAUCACCGCGUCGCGCCCAGUGUUACACCAUGCAUCCCCGAAAUUGCCGCUGCCAUUGAGGCGCUAACCCCGCGCGUGCGAAGUGGUGGACGAGUCAUCUACGUUGGUGCAGGGACCAGUGGAAGACUCGGGAUCCUCGAUGCAUCCGAAAUCCCUCCGACGUUUGCUGCUCCGCCAUCACAAUUUGUCGGGCUGAUCGCCGGCGGCGAUGCUGCCAUUCGACGAGCACAAGAAGGAGCCGAAGACAGCCUCGCUGCUGGUGAGGCCGACAUGGAAGCGUUGCAGCUCAAUCCGGAGCUUGACAGCGUCAUCGGCAUAGCUGCAUCCGGCCGUACGCCGUACGUCCUCGGAUGUUUGGCAUUCGCGAAAAAGAUCGGCUGCCUCACCAUCGCUGUAGUCUGCGCUUCGCCCUCCGCAACGGGGACAUCAGGAACAGUCGACUUCCUGAUUGCUCCGCUGCCAGGGCCGGAGGUUGUCACGGGCAGCACCCGGUUGAAGGCGGGAACUGCGACGAAGAUGGUGCUGAAUAUGCUCAGCACGGGCACCAUGAUCCGGACGGGCAAGACUUAUGGAAACCUGAUGGUAGAUCUUGUCGCCUCCAAUCUGAAGCUGGAGCAGCGAUCGCGCAAUAUCCUGCGAAGGCUGAGUGCUCGUUGUGACGGUAUGACAGAUGUGGAACUGGACGCGUUGCUGACAAGAUGCAAAGGGAGGGUAAAAUUAGCUCUUCUCGUGGCCGAAACGGGAGAACCGGUUGAACAGUGCGAGGAGAGGUUGGAAUCUGCUGGUGGCGUGCUCGCUAAGGCUUUAGACAUAUCUUUGGCCGGGGUCAAGGAUGUACAGACCCCUGCCACAGACAGACAGUAUGUACUUUGCAUUGACGGCGGAGGGACCAAGUGCGCGGCCGUCAUUGCUGACCUGAAAGGCACCGUUGUCGGACGAGGGACGACAGGUCCAUGUAAUCUGACUGAUGGCAACGGCCUGGAAGAGGUAGUCCAGACACUUAUGACUGCUGCGAAGGACGCUUUGCCGGCUUUUCCUUCUUCAGACUGCAAUCUCCAGUCACUUUUCGAGUCAGUCUGGAUUGGUUUGGCGGGGAUUGACCGGAAGAAUUUCCGAGAGUCCCUCCUGCCAAGGAUCUGCGCAUGCUUUGGAUUGACCGAGAAGGAGAUUCGGCUGACAAACGACGUAGACCUGCUGGUGGCCGCGGCGAGCUCACACCGAGACUGCUCAUCUGCAGUCGUCGUCAUUGCUGGCACUGGGAGCGUUGCCAUGCGAUACAACCGAAGUGACGAGGGCAAUGAGUACUCCCGAGUCGCUCGAUCCGGCGGCUGGGGCCACACCUUGGGUGAUGAAGGAGGCGGAUAUGCCAUCGGAUUGGAGGCCAUCAAAUACACCUUGGCCGUUCUGGAAGAUACGAGACUCGGGAUACCCAUCGAGCCAUUGGGACCUUUGGAGCAGGCAGUUCUUAAACGACUGGGAUGUGCCACAUUCGGCCCAAAACAGAUUGAUCUUGUCAGUGAGAUCUUGGUUCAGCAGCACAAACAGACGAUUAAAUCCCGUAUUGCAGGCGUUGCAGAGGCGGUGCUCGGCCUGAACGGACAGAACGACACUGCCUCGGCCAUUGUCGGUCGACAAAUUGACCAUCUGGCAAGUCGGACUGUGGGACGUCUUUUAGAUCCAGCUUGUUCUGGAUACGUCCCUACGGAAAAUACCGGUCUGAUACUUUCUGGCAGUAUUCUCAACAAUCAGUCUUACCAGGAUCAAUUUCUCAACGUGCUUGAGAGGCGAGGGCCAAGUUCGCCUAUGUGGAGAGGAUAUCCGAUGCAGGCCUCCUGGGCGCAAAAUAUCUGACAUCGUCUUGAGCGUGCCCUGUGCGAAGGCCUCAGUGGCAAUCAGACAUAGAUUUCAUUCCGGAGUCCCCGUUCUUCAUGAUGAUUACGAAUGUCACGGCGAGUCUCAAGUCUGUGAACUUUUCACAUCCUG